UGGCAACACUGGCUAAUCUUUGACACCGGUUGUCGUUGUCACUUGUAAAUUGUAAACUCAUCUUGAAGUGAGACGGUUCAUUGCCAUUUUGAAAAAAAAUGUCUGGAGCAGUAGGUAAAGCAGCUAAACCUCAACUUCGUGGACUACUUCAAUCGCAGAUUAAGGUCAACAUUCUGCUUGCAGCUGGUGUAGCAACAGCAGCCGCAGUGCUCCAGAAAGUCUUCGUGAAUGAUGAAAGGAAAAGGGUUUAUGCAGAAUUUUACAAAAACUAUGAUAUCGAGAAAGCUUUCAAUCAAAUAAGGAAUAAAGGUCUCUUUGAUUCUUGUGAACCAGAUAACUGAAGAGGAAAGAAGACUAGCAGCAUUUUAGAUCUGUAUAGAUGUUACUAUUAGGCUCAUUCAUUUGUAUCUCGAAUAAAGUGAUCUGAAUGAUGAAAACAAA